AUGCAGAGCGCUGAUGGCACGAAGGUGUACCGCAAUGUGGUGUUCGACCUGGGCGGGGUGUUGCUGGCGUGGGACCCACCGGCGUUCCUUGCUGGCAUAUUCAGCGACCGACUGCCGCAGGACUGCCCACUGGAGCUAGCGCAGGCCACCUCGCUCCCCUGCUGGAAGCUCCUCGACAAAGGUGACAUUUCUCGCGAGGAGUCCAUCGCCCUCCUCCCCGCCCCCUUCAACAAAGAGGACUACAGGCGCUUCGUGGAGGGGUGUCUGCCGUACUUCAUGCCCCUGCCUGCAGGUGUUGAUAUUCUCAACCAAGUGAGAGCCAAGGGCUACAGGACCUAUGUGCUGUCCAACUUCCACAAGGAGUAUUUUGACGGUGUGUACAAACGCUACAAGGAUGAGGAGGUGUGCUUCGCCAAGUUCAAUGGGAUGACCAUCUCCUCGCAUGUACAUUGCAUCAAGCCCCAGCCUGAGAUCUAUCAACACCUUCUGCAGGAUCAUCAGCUGCUGGCCGAAGAAACACUCUUCAUUGACGACUCAGAGGAGAACGUCGCCGCCGCGCAGGCGAUGGGCAUCGAUGCCCUCCUGUGCAAGGACCAUGCUGCCCUCCUACAAGAGAUGCAACGACUUGGCGCCCUUUGA